AUGUCGAAUAAAGAAAAUAGCAGUAAGAUGAAGGGCCUCUUAAAAGGCUUGAGAUACAUCUCUCAAAUAUUUGAUGAUAACAAAGAGCAAGAAAUUCAGAUUGGAUUUCCUACAGAUGUAAAGCAUGUGGCUCAUAUAGGCUGGGAUGGUCCAGCAACUGCGACAAGUUCUCCUAGCUGGAUGAAUGAGUUUCAAUCUCCACCAGGAUUUGCAUCAGCACCUUUAUCUCAGAAUGGAGAAAUGAGAGAAGAUAAUCCGAUCAAAUGGGUUUCGGAAGAUUCAAGCCGGAGAAGUUCAAGGAGUUCAAUGUCUCCGGUACAUGAGUCCCCGGAAGUGCCAAAGCAGUCAAGAAGGCAAUCAUCACGGGGGCAUGAAGGAGGUGUGGACUCCCCAAAGAGCCCAAAGAGGGAAAAAUCAGAUAAACAUAGGCAAACAAGAAGGCCUUCUAGGAGGGACUCGUCGGAGACUAGUAGAGCCAGCCAUCAAGAAGCCACGGAUACUAGUACCGAAUCCUCCCUACCGGACAUCCCCAAGAAAUCACGGCGGAAGAAGUCGAAAGAAUCCGCACCUGGGGGUUCAAAAAAAAUAAAAGAUCCUGAAACUCCACCUGCAACAAAGUGCAAUAGCAUUGAACCUCAAAAUUCUUUUCAAGAGGGGGAAGACAAUGGGUGUUUUACCUGA